AUGAACAUCUCAGCUAAUUACUUCCACAUGUGUUGGCUGGAGGAUGAGAGCUCUUUUUACGAAAUUGAACCAUAUCAAAAGAAAGCCAUCGUGUCCAUCCAACGCAUCAAGGUGUUCGGCGAGUCGCGCUACAUGAGGGUCAAGGUGCGCAUACACGAGGAUCGCACCCAUUUCGAUCUGAAUGUGCGCUUGGUCCGGCAGCUGGGCAGCAACCAUCUGGUGAUGAAUGUCAAGGUGCGCGUCCGGCCCGAUGGCCGGGCUGAGUUCGUCCGCUUGUUCGAGCUGAAACGCAUCAAUUUCUGUGGCUUCCUCAGCGAGUACAAUGCCAGCCCCAUGCUGCGGAUGUUGUUCAAGAAAACGGUCAUACUGAGCGACAUCAUUGAGUGCCCCAUCCGGGUGGGCAACUACUCCAUGCUGAAUGCCGAUAUGGCCGAAAAUAUCUCACCGGAUGGCGUGCAGAAUGGCACCUACAACUUCUUCACUGAAAUUGUCGAGGAGAGCGGAGAGAUAGCCAAAGUUUUUGCCAUGCAGAUCACCUCGAUUGUACAUAUCAUAGAGCCGCCAGAAAAUGACGAGUGA